CACUUCUUUGCUUCCUCAUCAGGGACUCAUUCCCUGAGAUAUUUUCAUCUGGCUGUUUCGCAUCCUGGCCCUGGAGUCCCUGAAUUUAUCUCUGUUGGGUAUGUGGACUCACACCCUAUCACUACAUACGACAGUGUCACCCGGCAGAAGGAGCCAAGGGCUCCAUGGAUGGCAGAGAACCUGGCACCUGAUCACUGGGAGAGGUACACUCAGCUGCUGAGGAGCUGGCAGCAGACGUUCAAGGAGGAGCUGAGGAGCCUACAGAGGCACUACAACCACUCAGGACUUCACACUCACCAGAGAAUGAUUGGCUGUGAGUUGCUGAAAGAUGGCAGCACCACAGGGUUUCUCCAGUAUGCAGAUGACGGACAAGAUUUCAUCGUCUUCAAUAAAGACACCCUCUCCUGAGUGGCUGUAGGUAAUGUAGCUCAAAUCACCAAACGGUCAUGGGAGGCCAGCCUGCAUGAGUUGCAAUACCAAAAGGACUGGCUGGAAAAGGAACGCAUUCCCUGGCUCAAGAGGUUCUCGGAGUAUGGAAAAGAUACCCUAGAAAGGACAGAACCUCCAGUGGUAAGAACAAGUCGAAAGGAAAUGUUUCCGGGGAUUACAACUCUCUUCUGCAAAGCUCAUGGCUUCUACCCACCAGAAAUUUUCAUGACGUGAAUGAAAAAUGGGGAAGAAAUUGCCCAAGAAGUGGAUCACGGAGGCGUGCUUCCCAGUGGGGAUGGAACCUAUCAAACGUGGGUGUCGGUUGAUCUGGAUCCUCAGAGCAAAGAUGUUUAUUCUUGUCAUGUGGAGCACUGGGGCCGCCAAAUGGUUUUUGAGGCUCCUCGGGAACCAGAAAGCAUUCUUCUAGUAGUGAGCACAGUCUCUGGGACCAUAAUCCUCACCAUUGUCCUGGAGAAAAGGUCUCAAGGUGAGUGGCGUGAAGGGCUCUAGGGGGCUGCAUGCGGUCCCCUUGCUGCAGCUUCCAAGAUUUUGUCUACUGUGUCUGCCACAUCGGUUCCAUUUAGAAACUGGUCGACCCUCACGUUGGGAUCACCGGAGGGCCUGGGACAAUUUCCCCCUCUAUGGAGAAAAUAUCUGUUAAUUGUCCCACUUUUCACAACCAUUCUUCUAUCUGAAUGAUAAGAAAGUCCUUCUCCUUCAAAAUUCACUUCUCAGACGUGAAAUGUUUACAAGUAGAUGCCUUUGGAAAAUAGGGCUUGAGAUAAGGAACGGGGAAAGAGAAGCAGGAGACAAGCUUUUGAUGGUACAGACGACAAACCCAUUCCUUACAUGCGCACUAAAUGUCUGGUGUGCUUUAAGCUCCAAUCUGUCUGGUGGGGGAAAAGCAAAAUGGGAAAGACAGAAUGACCCCAUGUCACAGAGCUGAUGGCAUAGUCUUGAAAGGUCAUUUUCUAUGUCUGAUUUACUAGUUACUCAAGCUGAUCACAGCAAAUAUCAGUGGAACCUGGAGAAGGCUCAGAAGCCGGGUGGGCAGGAGCUUGCCUUUUCUUGACAGCUGUGGACUUGAGCCCAAUCCAAGGGAUACUGUACAUGUGUGGUACUAGGUACUCAUAGGACCAAUCCAUUUGUUGUUGGUUCGUUCUUACUCUUUGUUCUUUUGGCCAUUUGGGGGCCCACCACCCAAUUCUCAAAUAAAU